UUUGAAAAAGGCAUAAGAAAAUUGACUAGAUUCAGAGAUAUAGAGCUGGGAAGGAGAGAAUGCCAGUAGCUAAAGGCCGUGUUUUGGGAACUUGAACCAGUACAAUAGAGAAAACCAAUUCUCAGCUUGGCCAUGAAAUUCAUCAAAUCUCCAUUUUCAUUUCUCUGCUUCCAAAGCUGACCAAUUUCUCCUCCUCUUUUUAAUAUAUUACCUGUUUUGAAAGCUCUCAACUUUUCCAUUCAAAUUUCCUCCAAAAACUCUCUUCCUUUUACCUCCUCCGCCACGAUUUUGCCUUGGUGCUUCCAUUACCAUCUCAGAAAAUGAGGCUCUUUGGUUGGAUGCAAAAUAAGCUCAAUGGUAAACAAGGGAACAGCAAAUCAAAUACAAGUUCUGCUCCCAAUCAUGUAAAACAAGAGCCUCGUGAAGAGUUUAGUGACUGGCCACAGGGAUUGCUAGCAAUUGGAACAUUUGGAAACAGUGAUUUAAGAGAAACCAAUGAAAUUAUACAGAGCCAAAAUAUUGAGGAGGAAAUUCCGUCUUCAUCUGAAGAAGAACUACUAGAUAGCUUCACUCCUGAAGAAGUAGGCAAAUUACAAAAGGAGUUGACGAAACUCUUAUCUCGAAAACCAAAUGUGGGGAAGGAAAUUGCAGAUCUUCCAUUGGAUAGAUUCCUUAAUUGUCCAUCAAGCUUGGAGGUGGAUAGGAGGAUCAGCAGUGCACUUUGCAGUGAUUCUGCUGAUGAUGAAGAUAUAGAUAAAACUAUCAGUGUUAUACUUGGUAGAUGCAAAGAUCUCUGUGCAGAAAAAAGCAAGAAAGCCAUUGGCAAGAAAUCCAUCUCCUUUCUUUUCAAGAAAAUGUUUGCUUGCAGGAGUGGGUUUGCACCAGCACCAAGUUUGAGAGAUACACUCCAAGAGUCAAGAAUGGAAAAGCUUUUGAGGAUGAUGCUUCAUAAGAAGAUGAGUUCCCAAAAUGCUUCCCGGGCAUCAUCCAUGAAAAAAUACAUAGAGGACAAACAAGUAGUUCCAAAGAAAAAAGGUGAUGAUGUUGAAGAAAGACGAAAGAAAACAGAUGAUGGAUAUAAAUGGGUCAAGACAGAUUCUGAGUAUAUUGUUCUAGAGAUUUGAAUCUGCAGCUUUUCUACUUGAAUUGCAUUCUUAUAAAUUAUUACAAGAUUCAAGAGUCUAAUACGUAUGCCACCAAUCUACCAGCCAAUUACUUGUAAGGAAGUGAUUAAUUAAUUUAAUAAAUCCUUGAAUGGUGGCUUCCAUAUCUGAGGAUAAAAAAAAAAAAAAAAGAGACAUAUAUCUAUCAAUCAUAUGCGUAUCUGUUCUAUUUUAUCGACGGUGGUGGUUCCCGGCCGUUUUUUUCAUGGUUGCAUCUGAGAAAACAGUGCAAUACAUGUUAGUUUAGACAGUUGAAUGAUUUGUGUGCUUGUAGUUAUAGCCUGUGCUGCCAAAGCUAGACUUUAAGAUAUUUGAGAUUUAUAUUAAUUAAUGUUAAUUAGAUUCACAUGCAAUGCCAAGACGUUGUUCUUCACUAUAAAUUAAUAUUCCCUUUAUUUA